GUUGAACGACAUCUGCGACAACAUCCUUGCCAAUGACUAUGACAUAGUUUGUCUGCAGGAAGUAUGGAUGGAAGAACACAAGAAUGAAAUUGUGGCUCAGCUGAACAUGAAAUACAGUUUUUACGCAUGGUUUCCGUCAGGUUUUCUCCCUGGCUCUGGACUUCUCACUCUGUCCAAACACAAGAUAGUGUCAUCCUUCUUCCAUCGGUUUCUGCUGGAGGACAAAGUGUUCCCUUUCGGCUCAAUUGACUCUAUCUGUGGAAAAGGAUCGGCUGUUUCACUCAUCGACUACAAGGGAUUCAUGAUCAGUGUCAUCAACACACAUCCUCAGUGUGAAACGUUAACCGACUCAAAAAAUGAGAUCCGACUUGUGCAGCUGUGGGAUAUUGCACAACUGGCCAACUACUGCAGCAGAAAUAGUGACGUCAUAAUUCUCUGCGGGGACUUCAAUGCCCGUCCCUCCUUCGAAGGCAUGCAGUUGUUGAGACACAUUGCAGGGGUCAGGGACUGUCACUCAACUGCUCUUGGGAACUGCACUGAGGAUUUUGUGCCCAAUAAGGAUACAAAUGGAGUUACAUAUGCUCGCCAGGACAAUAACUUAGUAGAACGAGGCUACUUCAACUUCUACCCGAACGGGGCCAGAAUAGACUAUAUUCUCUACUCAGCCGGCAGAGACGGAGACAGAAAAGCAGAUUGGAAGAAUACUUCUGGUUCUGUGUCCCAAUUGAAGUGCGACUGGACACGAACCAGACCUUGGGGUCUGCUGGGAUCCCAGAGUCGGAUGCCUUUCUCGGACCACGAGGGAGUAGAUGCUCAGUUAUCAUGGGUGACAGAAACAGUAGCCGAAAACGGAAGUGGAGACAUCAAAAAGAAAUCGCAAUUGGCGAACGACGAGAAAUCAGCAAUAAAUAACCACGGCAAAGGGCUGUUAGAAACUUCGGCAAAAACCUUCGCAAUUCUUGCAGCAAAAGCAAUUGCGAAAAAGAAAAUCCAGCUGAUGUUUGCAAUCAUGUCUUCAAUCACAGCUGUCAUGGUCUUACUUCUGCAGCUCAUGUGUUUGUUCAACUUGAUCGAGUUCGAAAACCCUUCUCGGCUAAUGGGAUUUCUCGGAUUGUCCCAGACGACUCUGAUAGUUUCAUUCGGCUGUUCGUUUUACUUGUUCUACUUUUACAAAUGCGCCGCUAGUGCCUAUUUACAAGCGCAUCAUUCUCUGAAACAUU